AAAGAGAAAUAGAGAAAAAAAAAAAGGUACAGAAAUCGUGAAGGUAGAAUGGAACAACCCUCAACAUGCUCAAAAGUGAAACGUGGAUGCAAAAGAAAAUUAUUUGCUAAAUCAGAGUCCGAUAGCAAAAUGCCAAUCAAUAUGCCUGUUCAGAAAUCCUCAAAACACACCACUGAAGAUCUAAUCAUGUUUCUACUUGGCCAAACACCCGAGACAUGCGAAUAUAAAAAGUAUAAGAGACUGGUACAAACUGACAGAUCAUUCCAAAAGCAAUACGAAAGAAUACUUGCCCUCAUACAAAUAAGAAUAAGCAAAUUACACCGAGAACUAAAGGAACAGAUACAGAAGAAAAACAACGAUGAAACUGAACAGAAAAUUACUUAUUCUGAACUUCUUCUAAGACACUGGUCAAUGUAUUUACAUCUAUAA